AUGGCUCAACCGGGAGCUGGAACGGACCCUUAUGCCUCGCCCAACAAGGGCUUGGUGCAUCAACUGCGGCAGAAUCCUUAUGUCCUCGGCCUCGCUUCCUUCGCUUCCUUGGGGGGCUUUCUCUUCGGCUAUGAUCAAGGAGUCGUCUCAGGCGUCCUGACCAUGGAGUCAUUUGCCGCCAAAUUCCCGCGCAUUUACCUCGACAGCAGCUUCAAGGGCUGGUUCGUGUCGACGCUGCUGCUGUUCGCCUGGUUUGGAUCACUUGUCAACGGGCCUGUCGCGGAUCGCGUUGGCCGUAAAGGGUCCAUCCUAGUUGCCGUUGUCAUCUUCACCCUUGGCUCUGCUCUGCAAGCUGCUGCGGAGUCGAUCCCUAUGCUCUUUGCCGGACGCGCGAUCGCCGGUUUCUCUGUCGGGAUGCUUACCAUGAUUGUUCCGAUGUACAUGUCUGAAGUCUCCACGCCGGCCAUUCGCGGCACUCUAGUUGUGCUGCAGCAAUUGAGCAUCACGUUGGGUAUUCUGGUCAGUUACUGGCUCGAGUACGGUACUCAAUACAUCGGAGGCACACGAUGUGCGCCAGACAUCCCGUACACUGGGGGCUCAGCAUCCGCUCCGGAAUUCGAUCCCAUCACGGACGUUGGAUCGGGCAGCUGCACAGGUCAAAGUGAAGCCUCAUGGAGGCUACCAUUAGCCAUGCAGAUUUUGCCGGCCGUCAUUCUCGGCUUCGGCAUGCUUUUCUAUCCAGAAUCGCCAAGAUACUACCUCAUGCGGCAGAAGGAAGACAAAGCGCUGGAGGCACUGGCCUGCAUUCGACGAGUCGACGUCGAGUCGGAAGCUCUAUGCCGCGAGUAUCUUGCCAUUAAGGCUGAAGUACUUUUCGAAGAGUCCUAUGCCCGCGACAGGUACCCCGGCAAGACGGGUGUGUCACUAUACCUGGCCCAAUACUCGUCCUUGGUUUCAAACAAGGCUUCACUCAAGCGGUUGACCGUCGGCUGCGUGGUGAUGUUCUUCCAGCAAUUCAUGGGCUGUAACGCGAUUAUUUACUACGCACCAACCAUUUUCGGCCAGCUCGGUCUCUCCGGAAAGACAUCAUCGCUUCUGGCUACCGGCGUCUACGGCAUCGUGAACACACUAUCCACGCUGCCAGCCCUAUUUCUCAUCGACAAAGUAGGACGCCGUCCACUCCUCAUGUGUGGAGCUCUUGGAACAUUCGUCUCACUGGUCAUCGUCGGCGGAAUCGUUGGCGGAUUCGGCUCCACAUUGGUCUCUCACAAAGCAGCUGGCUGGAUUGGCAUUGCGUUCAUCUACAUUUACGACAUCAACUUCUCGUACUCGUUCGCCCCAAUCGGAUGGGUACUUCCAUCUGAGAUCUUCAACCUCGGAAAUCGGUCCAAGGCAAUGUCGAUCACUACGAGUGCCACUUGGAUGUGCAAUUUCAUCAUUGGCCUCGUAACACCAGACAUGCUUGACACGAUUGGCUACGGAACAUACAUAUUCUUUGCAGCCUUCUGCUUGCUAGCAUUGGGAUUCACGUAUUUCUUUGUCCCGGAGACGCGAGGCAAGAGUCUAGAGGACAUGGAUACAGUGUUUGGAGAUACUGCCGCGCAUGAUGAGAAGGCGAGGCUGUUCAACAUUGCGGCGGACCUUGGUAUCGUUGACCUAGAUCGAUCUCUAUCGAAGGGUGGAGAUGAGAAGCCCGUUGUUGAGCAGGUCUGA